AUGGAUCAAUUUGAAAAGCUUCGCCCUGUUGGGAGGCUGGAAAAAUACUCCACCGCGCGUCAUCAGAUUGGCUUCUAUCUGAAUCUCGCCGUAGCAGCAACAUACAAGCUACCGAAGAGUUUCACAUUGCCAGUCGAGGACUAUGUACUCCGGGCAUUGGCAUCAGUCAUCGCACAGCAUCCCUCGCUCUCCGCCAUCCCAGCGGCUGACGAAACACAAGACCCUUAUUUCGUACGCCUCCCCACCAUCGACCUGGAUAAGGUAGUACAAUUUACGCAGCGAGAAUACGGCAUCCCAAAAGAUGCGCCUCUUGAAAGCGGCGAAACUUCCCCGGAUCUCGAUCUUGAGGUUCUUCUUCAGAAAGAACACAACACGCCUUUCGUUGCGCCUAAUCCCUAUUGGCGACUGCACGUACUUGUCGACAAACAAGACAAGCACCGAUUCACCGCAGCCUUGAUAUUGCACCAUGCACUCGGUGACGGUGGUUCUGGCAAGUCAUUUCACACUUCUUUCCUGCGAGCAUUGCAGACACAGGCAGCCUCCAACGUCGAGACGCCGCACUCGGUGACCAGUCCGGAGAACCCAAUGCUGCCUAACAUCGAGGAAAUCCACCCUAUGCCCCUCUCUCUAUGGUUCCUAGCCAAGAAGAUCUUCCAGGCGAAGGUUUAUGCGCCUCGAGAUCCGGCACUGUGGACCGGGUCGAAGAUCCAGCCACCGACGAGUACUCGUGUCCGGCUAGUCUCAUUUUCUCAGGGGUUGGUCGAGCAAUUAAGAAAGGCUUGUCGCCAGGAACGGACAACGAUAACUGCGCUCCUUCAAACAGUUUAUGCUCGAUCGCUAUUCAAGCAUAUUCCCGAACGAUUCUCCAAACUGAAUUGCACCGGCGCUUUCUCCACUCGCCGAUUUCUGCCAGAUGUCAUUAAGGAAGAUUCAAUGGGCGUUUUCGUAGCUGAUAUUGAAGAGUCCUACACGCGCUCUAUUGUUGCCCCGGAUGACUCCACAGAAUUUCCUUGGGAAGAAGCGCGCCGCUCGCGACAGACUAUCCAGGAUACUUUGGACCGCAAGGGUGCGGAUGUAGGGCCAAACCUCCUCAAAUUCGUCAACAACUUCCAAGAAGAACUUUGUCUGUCAAGGGUCGGAAAAGAUCGGGAUAAGACAUUUGAAGUAUCGAAUAUCGGCGUCGUCCUGUCCACUUCGGCUCCAGAUCAGCCUUCUAUUCAGGGCAUGGCAUUUUCGCAGUGUGCCAGUGUUAUGGGUAAUGCAAUCGGCGUUUCGGUUGUCACGGGCGGCGAUGGCUGUCUUGUCCUGGCUAUAUCGUGGCAGGAGGAUAUCGUGGAAGAUGAACUGAUAGAUGCUUCUAUUCAGUCAAGUCGGGAUGAACUGCGCCAAUUGGCGGGCUAUUAG